GAGUUUAAACUUAUUGGACCCCAUCAUAAAGAUGAAGUGUAUCAGUCUGACUCUGCGGUCACUCUCUCCUGUCAUCUGUCUCCUGGAAUCAGUGCUGUUGCCAUGGAGAUCAGGUGGUUUAAGGGGACGGACUGUGUUUGUCUCUAUAAGAACAGGCAGGUGACAGGGGAGGGGCUACGAGGGCAGAGUGAGUCUGUUCACUCAGGAGCUGCAGAGAGGAAACGUCUCCUUACAGAUCAGAGACUGUAGAUGGUCUGAUUUAGGAGAUUAUCUGUGUCGGGUCACCAAUGGAGACACAACAGAGGAGUGUACAGUGGACUUAGGACUACCACUGAGACACGAAGGCCCACGUCUAGAACCAGAGAUAGAGACGACUCAAUUUCCUAAAGUCUGUGUUUAUCAGACAGACAGAAAAUGGACAAAAGAGGAGAGACUGAGAAUGGAGCAAUCUGCUCGGUGGACUGAGAAGGCCGUUUCUGGAGUUAGUGUGAGUUCUUUUGAUUCCUUGGUAAAAGAUUGUAGCACAGCAUCUGCACAGCACCCUUACAAUGAACAUGUGACUGCAUUGGUGCCAGUUAAGUAGUCCAAAGGGGCCAGUUGGCGAUCUUGUUAUAAAAUGAUGCUAAAACUUAUAUCACUUGAUUAUAUGCUAUCACAAUAUUGUAUUUAAAAAAACUACAUAUAUAGAAUGAAAAUACAUGUAGAGUUAUGAACAGGAUACAUUUUAUUUGAAAAAAAACUUCAGUAGUGUCACUGCACAAUCCCAUAGCAGACUUCAUUCACUACUGACAUCCUGUUUUUUUCACAUUUAGUAUUCCUCAUGUCUUUGAUUUUUCCUACAUCAUAACUGGCAACAUGCAUCAGCGAUGCAUAUUGUUAUAUAACUGUAGAUACUAUAAAUUAUGAUUAGCCUUUAUUUUUCUAAAUACUACCACUAUGUUAAUACUAAUUGGGCUGCUUUUGCGGUAUGCUUUGGGUCAUAGUCCAUCUGCAUCUGCCUCCACCAUGCUUGACAGAUGACAUGGUAUGCUAUGGAUCAUUAUCAGUUCCUUUUUGUUGUGUAUAUUCUUAUUUUCUCAUCAUUCUGGUACAAGUGGGUAUUUGUCUCAGUGUCUUUUACGAUGUUGUUCCAGAACGGUGCUUUUUUUAGUUCUUUGGCAACCCCUAAUGAGAUCAUCCUGUUUUUGUGGCUUACCAAGGUUUACAUGCUGGAGUAAAUCCUUUGUAUUUUCUCCAGUGAAGUCUUUUCUUGAUUUCGACACAGAUACACCCACCUCCUGGAGGGUGUUUUCAAUCUGGCCAACUGUUGUGAAGUUUUUCUUCAACAAGGAUAGAAUUCUUCUGUUAUUCACAUCUGUGAUCUUCUAGGUCUUUUGAUGCUUCUGAGCUCAUCAGUGCAUUCUUCCUUUACCAAAUAGUUGAUUUGGGCGCACUUAACGUUAUUGCUAUCUCUCUGUGAUUUGUCAGCCUUGUAAUGGCUUGUUUCUUUAGCAUUGACAACUCUGUUGAAAUUCAUAUUAAGAGUUAACACACAGGGGAUACACACCUGGCCAUGGAACAGCUGAUCAGCCAACUGUCCAAAUACCUCUGGGCCCCUAAAAUGGGUGGUAUUGUAUGUAUGGAAAUAUUGUCAUUUCUGCACAGCUCAUAUUCUUUGUUCAAUGUCAACUCCAGUAAGCUGCCAGACAGCUAAAAUAACAAUAACUUUGUUGACAUCCAAAUAUUUAUGGACCGUGAAAUGUUCUGCACGUUAAUUUUAGAGUACUAGUUCUCUAGCAUUUAUUCACAGGGUUAUUCUGCUAAGGACUCUUAUUGUGGAAGCGGAGCUAGUCUUUGGCAGGGGACAUGUGUUAGAGCAGACAGAGACAGCCAGCAUAGAUAAUUUGAGGAUGUCAGAGAAAGUGGAAGGCGGCUGAGAGGAGUGUCACCGCUGUUGUCGUCACCUCCAGCGACACCAGAUUUGACACUCUGGCUGUUUGUUCAUUGCUGUGACCAGUGUGCGGGAAAGGAUGGACCAUCGCAGCAGUCACAUGCCCAGCUUCAGUCUCUCCACUCUAGAACUCCAAUGAAGAGGACACCACAGAGUUGGUGUUUGGCUGCCUGCCUGGACCAGGCAAUAGAGAUGACACCACAGCCAAGGGAGUCCCCCAGCCCAGCUCGCCCCAGAAGAGAAUCCAGUUCAGUUCAAAACCUUUUGGAUGAGGACUUUUGUAAGGAGUGGGUAGUUUAGUGAGUUCGGGAAAUGUUCUGCUUGUUAAUUGUAGAGUGUUAGUUCUCUAGCAUUUGUUCAUGGGAUUAUUCUGCUAAAAACUGGAGCUAGUUUUCACUGGGGGACAUGUGUCAAAGUAGACAGGAACUGGGAUCAGUCUAGAGCUGUGGCCCACAACAGCUGAUAAUAAAGCACUAUUUAUGCAGAAAGCUGUGUCUCUUUUAAAAGCACUGAAUGCUACAAUAUUUGUGAUUCGUUUUGUUCUGCACUUCCACAGUUGUCCACAGCAGCUGCUGAAAAAUUCCUUCCUGAAAUGGUUGAAAACACCUCAAAGACUAAGAACAAUAACUUGUUCAGUUUCAGUGCAGGUUCACCAACCUUGUGUUUGAGAUGGAGGGCGAAGGGGAGGUGCUGUACAGAAUAGACUCCUGGGACCCCCGUUUCUUGGAUGGUUUAGGCCAGAUGCAGCCUGCAGGACCUCUAUACAGUAUUGACUGCUUUGAAGGUUCACUGAGUCAUCUGCACCUCCCACACUGUGAGAUACAAUAUGAGGAAAACCAGGUUGAGCUUGUGGUGGCACAUUUCACUGGUGAUAAUACAGAGAUCAUACAGCCACUGAACGUGACAAACACACAUGUUAUUAUUAACAUCCAAGGCCUUUCCCUCUUUGGACUUCUAAAGAAAAUGAUUUUAUAUCCCAGUCCCAUAAACGCCCAAGUGCUGCUCUUCUAUAAAGAAAUGAUGGGCAAGCAAAAAAGGAAAACACUAUACAUUCAUUUACUGCCAGAGAAUGUUCCAGUGAAAGAGGUGGAGCAAAAGCAUAAAGGUGUCUCAUAUUUUGAGACCAGCUCUGCAUGUGAACUCAUCCCUGGGAAAAGAUACAGACCACGCUGUGACCCCUAUGUUUCUGAACCGAGGGUUGCCAAAUUUAAGUGUGACUAUGGCCCAAACUAUCACCCCACGUUUGUGGUGUUUCUUCAGGUUGAGGAGGUUACAGUAAGUCUUUUGGAUAAGCACGGCAUGGAGGUGUGGGAACCACAUCAGAUCCUUCUAACAACUGAAAAAACUGAUGCAGUGGCCAUGAGGGUGAACAUUCUUCAUUCUAGGGUGGCACUGGCCACCCAUGGCCACUUCUGGCCACACUUCGUCUACACCUCUGGUCACAGUACAGAGACGAGCCCACCUACAGCAGAAGGAGGAGCUGCAUUUGUGGAUGAACACAGAAUAGAGCUCAUUCAGAGAGUUUCCUCAGUGAUGGAGAUGGUGGACUGUUUACACAGUAAAAACAUGAUCACUGCUGAAAUGUACAGCAACAUACAAACUGCAGCACCAUCUCAGAAACAAAUGAGGAUCUUGUACAGAGUUCUUGACUCAGGAGGAAAAGCUGUGAAAGCAGAAUUCUAUAAAGUUCUUAAACAGAAGCAGCCUUUCUUAGUGGAUGAACUGGAAUCUGGACCCAGCAGGUCUUAGUGGACCUUUAGAAGCGACAGUUUCCCAUUUGGGGCUGUAAACAAACACUCCACCACUAAGCAUUCCACCACUUCAAGGAAUAGUUCAGCAAAAAAUCAGAUUUACAGUUUUUGCCCUUAUCCCCAAAUGGAGUAGAUCAGCCAAGACGUUUUGGCUUCAUUUUUUUUGGCUUCUUAGUUUUGAACCAGAGCUACGAGGAUAAUGUUACUAAGUCACACUAGAAGUAAAUAUUCCUUCAAACCUUUUCCACAAAUACGUGCAUUAAGGUCUUAAUUAAGGUUACACAGACAAAUUGAUGUGGUUUAGAACAGAGUAUGAUUUACUAUGAACUAUAAAAAUGAAAAAACUUCUCUGUGUAGCUAAAAGAAGGUGCAGCCAUUUAGGACAACCGGAAUCAUUUAUUUCCUGAGUGCAGUUUGGUAUCUUUCCACACAAGAUGACCAAAGACAGGGCAGGAAUUCACAACACAGACAUGCUAAAGGGUAACAUAGAAGCUAAGAGAGUCAGAAAAUCAGUACAAUGUCUGAUUACAAAUUUGAGGGCAGUAUUUUUCUGCACAAAUGAGCCUCAACCGUACAUGUUUGAACCUGAAUAUACACAGAAUAGUACAGCAGCACCAUUUAAGGUGGAAUGGAAAAUUUGAAUAAGAAGCUUCAAUGGUUGUAAAAAUACUAAUUUCACUUAUUAGUAGUUCAUUUUAUGGUUACAUUUUUUUAACCAAUUUCUUGUGUUUAAUUCAAAACUGUUACCACGAAGAGUAGGAAGCCGAUUUCAGCCAACUUUAGAUACAUAUAGCAUGAAAGUGAGCACAAUGACCUUGCACUGCAAAAAUGAUAUAGUAGCAAGUAAAAUGAUCUUAAAUCAAGUCUGUAUAUCUGAUAUUCUCAGUUUGAGACUGUUCUAAACUUACUAUAAGAUUAUUUAACUUAUUCCUAGACAUUUUAAUAGCCAAUAAAGUGAAAUAACUUGACUUAAUAAAAUCACUAAAUGAGUUUAAAAUGUCUAGAAACAAGUUAAAUAAUUUUAUUUUAUGUAUACAACAAUCCCAUAAUGAGAAAUAUCAGAUAUGUCGACUAGCUUUAACAAAAAUACGCCUGCUAAGAUAUUUUUUGCAGUGUGGAUUCACUUCUUUGAGGUGUCAUCUAUAAAAAUGUUGCUGGUACUGUUGUAGAUGUUAGAAUAUCCUGCUGGAGACUCCAUCACCUCCCACACACUGAGAUGUUACACAGAGACUUUACUGAAUGUAAUGUACCAGACCAUCAGACUAGAUCUCAUUGUUCCGUUUAGCAACAGAAAAAAA